CAAUCAAUCAAUCGUGGCCAUCUUCAAAUCUUCUGCGUUUAAAACAGAGCCGCCGGCCGCCAAAAUUCAGUAGCCAAUAUGAAAGCAGAGUACAGUAUUAACAGUAACGUUGACGAAGACGACCACCUCUGCAGGACCAUCGAGAUCGCCGUGGUCGAGUUUCCGGCGUUAAAACAGAUCGGACCGCCUGUAACCUUCCCGGACGACAUGGGCUCCGGCGACGAACAUCUGUUCAUUCCUCCUCUGAACUUUUCAAUGGUGGAUGUUGGCAUUUUCAGGUCUGGAUUUCCUGAGAGUGCCAACUUUCCAUUUUUGGAAACCAUAGGCCUCCGGUCCAUCAUAUAUUUAUGUCCGGAAGCUUAUCCAGAAUCUAACAGAGAGUUUAUAAUGGAAAACGGGAUUCAACUGUUUCAAUUCGGGAUCGAAGGGUCUAAGGAACCAUUUGUAAAUAUGCCCCAUAACACCAUCAGGGAAGCACUCAAAGUAUUACUUGAUGUCAAUAAUCAUCCUGUCUUGAUUCAUUGCAACAGGGGAAAGCAUCGAACGGGUUGUCUGGUGGGAUGCUUGAGAAAAUUGCAACAAUGGUGUUUAUCUUCGGUGUUCGAUGAAUAUCAGCGAUUUGCGGCUGCGAAAGCUAGAGUUUCUGAUCAGAGAUUCAUCGAGUUGUUUGAUGUCUCCACCUUCAAGCAACUGCCCUUUACAUUUUCAUCAUCUAAUUAACCGCCA